AUGGUGGAGUAUAAACCUAAUCAAAUAGUAUAUGCCUAUCAUGGACCACUUAUCUAUGAAGCCAAAAUAUUAAAAUUGAAAAAUGGUAAAGAUUCAUUUAUAAUCAAUCAAGAUUUCCAACAUGAACCAUUAGAAGAGAAAAGCAAUACCACCCCUCAUCAUCAUAACCAUCAUCAAAGUCAACAUAUUGCUAAAUUUGAUCCGAAAAAAUGGCAAGAUCAAACUUGUUAUUAUUUACAUUAUCAAGGAUGGAAUUCUAAAUGGGAUGAAUGGGUAGGUAUUGAUAGAAUAAUGGAAUUUAAUGAAGAAAAUAAAUUUAAAAAAUUAGAAUUAGAUCAAUUAACGAAAAAGAAAAAAGCUAUUAAUAAUAAUGAAAUAAUAGUUAAUACUACAAAUAAGAAUCAUGGCAAUAAUAAGAAUAAAAAAGAAUCAAAUAAACGGAAAUCAUCAUCAACAACAACAACAGCAGCUACUACCACCACCACCAACAAUAGUAAUAACAAGAAACAGAAAUCAGCAUCCACAAUAGCCACAAAUAGUAAUAGUAGUAGUGCUAGUACUAGUACUACUAAAUUAAAACAAUUAUUAUCAAGACUUAAUUUAAAUUUCCCACCAGAAUUAAAACAUUUAUUAGUUAAUGAUUGGGAAUUCAUUACUAAAGAUCGGAAAUUAAUUUCAUUACCAAGUCAAUAUCCUAUAAAUCAAAUAUUACAAGAUUAUAAAACUUAUAGAACUAAACAAUUAACUUUAAAAUUAACAAAAAAUUCUUAUCAAUUAUCAAUAUUAAUUGAAAUAUUAACAGGAUUAGAAAUUUAUUUUAAUAAAUCAUUAAGUUUAAUUUUAUUAUAUAAAUAUGAACAUUUACAAUAUUUAAAUUUUUUAAAAGAAAAUAUUAUAAAUCCUCAACAAGAUAUUUUACAAAGUAAUAUUUAUGGAUUAGAACAUUUAUUAAGAUUAAUUAUUUCAUUCCCAGGUUUAUUAUCUAUGACAACAAUGGAUGGUAUUAGUUUAAGUGUAUUAAUACUGGAAUUAGAAUCAUUAUGUCGAUUUAUUGGUGAUAGAUUACAAUUGUAUCAAAACAAAUAUGAAUUUACAUCACCUCAAUAUGAUAGUUUAGCUAGAUCGUAA